CUGCGAGCGCCGGUUUUUGUACUUUUGGAGGAGAAUUCCAAGUUCCUACGUCGCGUUAUUUUCGGGUUUUUGAUUUCGUUUUUUUUUUUCAUGGGUCAUACACGUUUUGAAGGUACAACUAUUUUAUGCAAAGUAUAUGGAGGCUACGAUAAUUCCUCAAAGCUUUAGUGCAGUUCAAUUUACAACACAGGGAUUAACGUCGUUCAAAUAAAGUCGUCCUCUUAAAUUCGUGACCGUUGGUGAAAGGGCUCAGGUGGAUCAUGACUAUUAGGCUCAUCCAUAAGGAAGCGUUCCGGACGUGGCUUUGGUGCUGGAUCAGUUUAACUUUCUACAUUCAUUUGCUCGUGGCAGAGCUUCCGUUAAGCCUGAAGAAUCUGGCGAUUGAGAACAUCGCAAUCGAAGAGUGCUCCAAUCAGCAAAGAUUAUUCGAAGCUCAUCCCCGGUGCUAUUUCGAUGAACCGAACAAAACGGUUUGUUUUCGCGGGAUCGAAAAUCGCCGGAUUCGUCAUUUUAGGGCUCGGUACAACCGCAACACUGAGCUGAUUCUGUGUCACUGGCCAUGGAAAAGUUUCGAUCCGUAUGAUCUUGCCGAGCUGACGCCCAACAUCGAGAAGUUCUCGAUCAUGGGUGAACAUUUGUGGACGUUGAAAGAGGAUUUCCCGCCACUUCCUUACCUGUGGGCAAUCAACAUCACGGGAACAAAGCUGAACUUCACGAGAAACACAACGUUCAGUGAAUUGACAGCGUUGCGGCAGGUGAACAUGCGGGCAAUGCUCUGGUUCAGGGUCGUUCCUCUCAGAUUCAGCAGCGAACACGUCGAUGUCUUUCUUCAUGGUAAUCCAUGGAACUGCACAAAUGACAUGAUUUGGUUACUUGAAGAGCAGAGCGGAUUUUACGCUGAUAAAUCUACGCUUGUGUGUAAGGAUUGGAAGUACACCGGGCGACCCGUACUUACUGCCAUGGAGUAUAAACGAAAUCUGCGGGAACACUGCCGACAUGAAGAAAUUCGAAACUGUACAUGUCUGAUUUCUUAUCUACGUCUGAGCGAUAGCGGCCGUACCUUUCAUCCGUUGAUUACCGUUAACUGCACCGGCAAAGGGUUCUACGAUCUUCCAAGCUAUUUACCGCCGAACACUACGGUGUUACACGUGGCAAAUAACAAUAUUACAUCGGUGGAGAGGUUAACCACAAUAGACCACUACAAAAAGGUUCAGCACAUCUACUUGGACAACAACAAGAUCGAAUCGAUCGAUAUUCUCGAGGACAGUAUAUGGUUAGACAACUUUCGAAUUCUGAGUUUACGUGGGAAUAAGAUUAGUAGGAUACGAGUCUACAGCGUGGAACAUGCCUUCGAGCGCAACAGCAACGUGGGACAACUGUACCUGAGCAACAAUCCGUGGCGUUGUGGCUGCCGUUUUGCCACCCGUAUGCAAGCGUUCCUGCAUAAGCACGAAUCGGUGGUGGUGGAUUCGCGCAACAUAACGUGCUACAUUACCGACGAUGAUGGGCACAAGUCGUAUCACUACAUGAUGGUUUUGACCCCCAACGAUGUGUGUCUAUUGACGGUUCACAACAAGGCGGCCGUUUACGACAUACUGAGUAUUCUGUUCGCCUCUUUAAUUUUACUAAUAGUCAUCAAGCUAGCAUACGAUUACUACAUCUAUCGGAAGUAUGGGAAGUUGCCGUGGCUAAUAAUGAAGAUGCCGUAAAUGUUGGAUGGGUAUGAAACGCGAGAGCAGAAGGAGCCAACACGGGCUUGUUGUUUGUGAUAUCGAGCAGAAGGGGUGCAAUGAUGACGCCGAGACGUCGUGUCGCGCUCAAAUAUACUUAAUUACAUUUGUAUAUAUAAUAGGAGCUGUAAAUCAAAUGGUAAAUAGACAAAGAAUCUCAUGUGUAACUGAUAUUGCGUUGGAUGACCCAAUGAGAAAAUUUUCCAC